GGAGGCUGGGCGCUCGCCUGUGCGCCGUGCAACGCGUUUGUGUGCAAGCACUGCGCGGUAGCCAGAGGAGGAGCGGGAGAGGAGGCGGCUGCAGGAGGCGCAGAAGGUGCCGGAUGUGCAGGACGAGGUUCAGCAGGAGGCCGAGAGCCCAGAGGGAGGAGGGGCUGGAGGAGGUGUAGGAGGAGGUGCAGGACUUGGACAAGGUGGUCACGCCGCUGCUGCUGAGGAGAUUGAGGAGGAAAGGCAGGCACGGCAGAAUGUCACGGAGACGGCGCGCGCGAGUGAGGAAGAACAGGAGGAGGACGAGGCGAGGAGAGCAGCGGCUGCAGGAAGUGGCGCGACACGCCAGCGUCCACCCGGCGAUGCUGGAGGAGCAGGAGGACGGCCAGCUGCAGGAGAAGACCCAGAGGCGGGAGGCGCUGCGGGGGCAUGCCAGCCCAUCCUCGGAGCAAGCCCGGAACCAGUCGGAGGGCGAGGGGAAGCAGCACCACGUGAAGCUGUUACAGGAGGAGCGGAGGACGAGGCUGAGGCGGAGGAGGAGGCGGACGCCGAGGCUAGCGGCAGCACCGAUCCGGCGGUUGCAGGGCCCCAGGCGCACGCAGUGCUGCCGCCGCCCAGUGUGGCAGGUCAAUGCCUCCUGCGCCGCACUCGCUUGAGCGCGCUGGUUGAGUGCCGCAGGUGCUCCAACCUGCAGCCCGGGUCCACCAACAUCUAUGUCUGCGUGCAUUGCCGGAAGUAUUAGUGCGCCCAGUGCAAGCCUGGCAGGCGGGCCACGUGGUCCCUCUUGUGCUUGGCGCCUGCCAGCGUCAGCGACGCAGCGCUCCCGAGGAGGCUCGCGCACCCGCAGGCUGCCCGCGCUUCUGCAGCGCAGCCAGCUCCGCCUCCCCAGGCGGCCGGG